AUGGGGCUCCUCAGCCUCCCGCACUGGUUUAGCAACGUGCCGUGGCUGCACGUCUACCUCGGCUUCUCGCUCUCCGUCGAGUGCUUUGAGCAGUAUCUGAACCUGCGUCAGCUGCGUCGCUAUGAGGAGCCGAAACCACCUGCGAAGCUUGCGCACCUCGUCAGCGACGAGGAGUACGGCAAGAGCAACGCGUACAACAAGGACAAGAUGCGCUUUGGCAUCUUUUCUUCACUCUUCCAGACGUCUGUCUCGCUCCUGUCCACCGCGUGCUUCCUGGGCCCGUACCUCUGGCGGCUCGCUGGGCGCCUCACCGGCGGUGGCAACGAGUACCUGCAGAGUCUCGCGGACCUCGCCCUCAGCGCCGUCAUCGGCGAGUGCAUCUCGACACCCUUCCAGCUGUACGCGGACUUCGUCGUUGAGGAAAAACACGGAUUCAACAAGAAAACGCUUGGUCUCUUUGUCAAAGAUAAACUCCUCGGCCUCGGCUUGACUGCAGUCAUCGGAGCCCCUCUCGCCUGCGCCGCCAUCUGGCUCAUCAAGUGGGGUGGCGAGUCCUUCUACCUCUGGUUGUGGGGUUUCUCGGUGGCGACCUCCUUCGCUUUGAUGUUCAUCUACCCGAAUUUGAUUGCGCCACUCUUCAACAAGUUCGAGCCGCUGAAGGACGAGGAGCUCCGUGACAAAAUCAACGACUUGGCGAAGAAGCUGGAUUUCCCGCUGGGCAAGCUGUACGAGAUGGACAACUCGAAGCGCUCUGGACACAGCAACGCGUACUUUUACGGCUUCUGGUGGUCUAAGCAGAUCGUCCUCUACGAUACGCUGCUGCAUCUUCCGCAUGACCAAAUUCUCGCGAUUCUCGGCCACGAGAUGGGACACUGGAAGAAGAACCACACGACGAAGAUGAUGGCUGUCACCUUCCUGCAGCUUUUCUGCACGUUUUACCUCUUUGGCCUGGUCCUGGGGAACGCGGCGCUCUUCGACAGCUUCGGCUACAGCGACACCCGCGCAUCCAUCAUCGGCCUCAAGCUUUUCUCCAACAUCUUCUUGCCUGUCAACACGCUCCUCUCGCUGUUGAUGACCAUGUACUCACGAAAGAACGAAUUUGAAGCGGACGCUUUCGCGUGCGAACUCGGCUACAGCAAGCCUCUCAAGCAGGGACUGACCGCCAUCCACACUGAGAACAAGUCCUGCCUCGACCCCGAUCCGUGGUUCUCGUUCUGGCACUACAGCCAUCCUCCACUUUUGGAGCGCCUCCGCGCCAUCGAAAACAUCGAGGCCCAACAGGCCAAGAAAGACUAA